UUAAAACCCUGUGAGUGCUGGCGCAACGGGUCCGAAAGUCAUGGCAGUGGCUGGGGAUACUCUUCUGAUCCCAGUGGCAGUGACCGUGUUGACGCAAUCGAUUUCCAGACAAAUGGUGACGUCAUUUUGUCAGGGUACCGUCUGUGGGGAGUUAACAGCGGUUCAACUAGUUUCCAGGUCACCAUUCGCUUGUACCGUGGCAGCAGCUUAAUCGCAGAGGAGACUGGUUCCCGUGCUACCAGUUCCAGUGUCAAGACAUUUGAGGUGCAUUUUUCCCAAGUGAUUUCGAUCCGCGCUAAUGUCACAUACACCGCAACAGCCAGAAUAGUUACAAGUAGACGCUCCUUUCAUCUCACGAACGGCUUGGCAAGUACCUUGUGUUCUGGUGUCACAGUAAUCUUCAAGUCUAAAUCCUCAAAAGAUUCAAAUGGUUCUAGCCAGUCCGGAGGUCAAAUACCAGCUUUAAUUUUCCGUUCCUCUCAAUGCUAA